AUCUAAUGGUUUCUUGAAAAGUUCUCAUUAUCAAGUAACGCAAUCUUGAAAACAGGAAUCAAAUUUCUUUGUCCGUGUAGUUUUAGUUUUAAUACAGUUUCGAAGCUUCCUCCUGGAUUACUGAGUGCCCUUUACUUUUUCUUCUUCUUGAGUUACUGUGCUCGUGAUUUUCCUUCUUUGUUUCAUUUUGUAAAUUUUUUUUCCCUGGUCUUGUUAUUUUUGCCUUUUGGUUGCUGAGAAAAUGUGGGAAAGGAAAGGAAAAGGAAAAGGAAAAUUGAAGUAGAGCAAAUUUGAAGCCCAAGUUUUAACUUCCAAACUUGAGAAAGAAGGCUUUUUUUUUUUUUUUUUUUUUUAAAUUGAGAAAUUUCCGAUUUCAAAAAUUAUUGGUAUUUUGCGAUCAAAAUAAAAUGGCCUUAUGCUAUUUGCUUGCUUACAGAGACAGAUAUCAUAGAAAACCAGAAAUGAUCAUGUUCAAUGUCUUGUUCUUAAGUCACAAAUUUUUUUCUAUGUCGCCAAAUGGCCAGAAUCUGUAGUUGUUCGAUCCUUCCAUAUCAGCAUAUCAUAUCUCCGCAGAGAUUUUCUUUCCCUUUAUGUAAAAAUGAUAGCCUUCUUUUUCCUAUAAAUGCAUCUUUCUAAAUCCCUUGAAUCCCAAUCCUAAAUGACUUUGUCUUUUCAUUUCUCUCUUGAAAAUUGUUUCUCUGAUGAUUUUUCUCAAACUCUCUUACAUGGCUACCUUCUAUUUGUUUUAAAUGUUUUUUUGUAAAAUUUUCUCUUUUUUUCCCCCCUUUUUCUUUUGUUAAACUUGCAAUAUUCGAACUGUUGGGUUCUUUUUGUUUAAUUCUAAUUUUAUAUUGGUGGAGGCUUAGUGCAUAGAGCAUCAUUACUGUUCAGAUUUGUAUUCGAUUCUUAUAGUCCUUGUAUGCGUUUGUUUCCUGUAGAUUUGUAUUUGAUUCUCUUCAAACUGGUUCUAGUUGAAUGAAGUAUGUGUAAGGGCUUAUAUCUGAAGAAGUCCAAGACUCCAGCUCCAUCCUCUAUACUGAAGGCAGUUCUUUUAUUGUAGAAUAGAUAUGGAUAAUUCAAUUGGUACAGUUGAAGCAGAACAUUCAUUUUCUGUGUUGCUUGAGUAUGCAGCAGAUAAUGAUGUUGAGGGUUUCAAGCGAACGGUGUGUGAUGAAUCUGAGAUUAUGGAGGUUGGACUCUGGUAUGGUCAUCAGAGGGUGUUGAAAAGGGGAGUUCUUGAGCAUCGAACCCCUCUAAUGGUUGCUGCUAAAUACGGCAGUGUUGAAGUGUUGAAGCUCAUUCUUUCUCUACCAGAGGUGGAUGUAAAUUUCUCUUGUGGUCCAGAUCAAAGCACUGCCCUUCAUUGUGCUGCCUCUGGUGGAUCUGUUAAUGUUAUUGAUGCCAUCAAAUUGCUUUUACUUGCUGGUGCUGAUCCUAAUAGCACUGAUGCCAAUGGGCAUCGCCCUAUUGAUGUUCUUGUUGCUUCUCCAAAUUUUCCCUAUUUGAAAAUUGCCCUUGAAAAGCUCUUAAAGAAUGAUGGUUCUGCAAGUCAAUCGGAUCUGCAGGUUUCAACUAAUUGUUUGAGAUCUAGUUUGCCAUCCAUUUCAUUGUUAUCAGAAGAAGGUUCCUCAUUUUCUAUCUCAGGUUCAAUAAUGUCACCAAUUACAAGCAAGAUUAAUGAUGUGCAUAUUUCAUCUGCUAAGAAAGAAUACCAUGUUGAUCCGUCUGUUCCAGAUAUUACGAACAGCAUUUAUGCUACGGAUGAGUUCCGGAUGUUCUCGUUUAAGAUCCAGCCUUGUUCCCGUGCAUAUUCCCAUGACUGGACUGAGUGUCCUUUUGUUCAUCCAGGUGAGAAUGCACGCAGAAGAGACCCAAGGAGGUUCCAUUACAGCUGUGUGCCAUGUCCAGAUCACAGGAAAGGGGCAUGUAGGCGUGGAGAUUUGUGUGAAUUCUCUCAUGGGAUUUUUGAGUGCUGGCUUCACCCAGCCCAAUACAGAACUCGGCUUUGCAAGGAUGGCACUAGUUGCAUACGUCGGGUAUGCUUUUUUGCUCACACAUCUGAUGAAUUGAGGCCGCUGUACGCGUCUACUGGCGCUGCUGUGCCAUCUCCUCAAGCAGCUGCCGUGGAUUUCACUGCAGCGUUGAACCUUUUGUCUGGCUCCCCCUCAGCAGUUUCUGCCGUGUCACCCCUUUCAUUCACUCCACCUAUGUCUGCGUCUAGAAAUGACCUACGCUUGUCCAUGGCUUGGCCUCAGCAAAAUAUCUUGAAUUUGAAAAUCCUAAGCAACAACCUUCAAGCUAACCGCCUGAGAACUUCUCUUAAUGCAAGAGACAUUCCAUCUGAGGAGUUUAAUAGGAUCCAAGAUUUUGAAUUGCAGCAAUUACGACUCCUGAACGAGCUGUCCUGCAUUUCUCAGCCAUAUCACAACUCUUCCUCAGCAAAUUUGAAACAGUUGAAUGCUUCAGUUCUUGACAGGCUUUUGUCUUAUGAGGUUUCAUCUCCGCAGAACAUUUAUCAACUGGGCGCUGCACCUGUUUUCUUCCCUUCAUACAAACCUGCUGUUCUUAAUGAAUUCCAGCAGCAAAGCAUGCUUUCUCCAAUUAAGACAGGUGUCUUUUCUCCAAAGAAUGUUGAUUAUUCUCCUUUUCAGGCUUCUUUUGAUUGUUCCUCACCAAUGAAGAUGUUACCUCAGCUCAAUGAGCCUAAAUCCCCACUGAGCUCCCAGCUGCCUACUCUUGCUCGCAGCGAAAAGCUGCAAUUACAGUUAGGCAGCUUAAGCUCACAGGAAAUUGGUUCUAACCUCACAUAUAAUGGUGUGAAUGUAGAUUGGUCCAUUAGAGAAGAUGAAGUGGGUCUGUUACAGAAAUUAUAUUCAAAUGGGAAUUGUGGUGAGGAGCCUGAUGUGUCCUGGGUUCAAUCAGUGUUGAAGGACUCACCAUCUGAGACAGAAGAAAAAGCUAUUUCAGUCUCGGGUUCUCUUGACGAUUCUAGUUCAAAUCCCCAGAGUGAAUCCAGUGAUCAUGUAGCUUUCCAAGCAUGGCUCGAGGGAUUAAAGCUUGAUCAAAUCGUUGCGUAGUGAAAAUAAAUAUAUUUCGACCAAGCUUCAGGUAGUUGAAAUUGAGUGUUAACAAUGUAGUGGGAACAAUGCAAGGUCAAAGGCGGACAAAAUUCUGAGAAAUUAUUUUCCCCAUUUUUUUUAAAAAUUAGUUACAGAACCUAUAAAAAGGGGUUAAAAGCCUCUUGUGGGGAUAUUGCAAAGAUCAAGCCCCAUUUAGGUAUUAUUCACCAUAAUUUUUCAUUAUUUAUUGUAAAUAAUAGUUGAUCAAUCUUAUUAUUAUCUUUAUUCA